GGGAAAUACAUUUUUUGGGCCUGGCAACGCUGUCUGAUAGAGUAGUUUUGUUUGAUUGAACUUUUGAGAAGGUCUAUUAAGUUUGUUUUGUUCUUUUCAUUAUCAAGAAAUUUAUCUGGGGAUAAUGGCAGGUUCGGUACCUCUUCCACGUAGAGUGUAUGUUGGCAGAUUAACUGAAGAAAUAACGGCAGAAGACGUAAGACAAUACUUCAAAAAAUUCGGCGAAGUUACUGAUGUAUAUAUGCCAAAAGAUUUCAAAGCAUUCUGUUUUGUCACCUUUUUAGAUCCAGAAAUUGCUCAAGCUCUUUGUGGAGAGGAUCAUAUCAUUAAAGGAUCAUCGGUUUAUGUCUCUGAUGCCGCCCCUAAAAACAAUUCUAGGAAACCAGUUACGAAUGGUAGAGGCGGAGACAAUAACAAUGUUGGUCAUUCAUUUAAAGGAAAUAAUUUUUCAAAUAAAAAUGACGGGAUCAAUGGAAAUGAUCGGGAUCAAGGCAACUUCAAUAUCCAAGGUGGAAAUAGAGACGGUCCCACAGGCUAUAGACUUUUUGGACCUGCUGAUAAUCCUGCUUUUUACGCUUAUUGGCUGAGUGAUAGAAGAAACGAUACAAUGAGCAAUGGCGAAAAUAUGGGCGGUGGAGGUCGAAAUAUGGAUAGAGGUAACCAAGAUUUCAAAGUACAAAGCAACGGAAUUAAUAUUCAAAAACCAAAUGGAAAUGUGCGUACAAUGUUUAAUAAUUCCAAUGAUACUUCUUGGGGAAGGCAACAAAACUGAGAUGUUAUCAUGAGAUAAGUAUCAAGAUAUUGUUAGAUUAGAUUUUUAGACUUUGAUAUUUGUUGUUUCUAUGUUUGUAGUAAUUAGAAUAUUUUUGAUAAUAUUUUAAUUAUACCUAUGUGUAAGUAUUGUACAAUACAUACAGUGCGUCCAUAAAGUAACGCAUAAAUUCAUUAUUUCGUAAACCGGUGACUUUAAGGAAAAAUCGUGAAACAAGUCGAUUUUUAUUUUUAAAUUACGAUUUUUUGGCGUAUAUAUCAUACUAGUGACGUCAUCCACCUGGGCGUGAUGACGUAAUCGAUGAAUUUUUUAAAUGGGAAUAGAGGUCAUGCAAUAGCUCAUUUGAAAGGGUAUUUAAUUCUGUAUUCACUAAUACAUAUAAACAUUAACAUAAUUAUUUACACAGGGUGUCCAAAACAUUUUUUUGAAUUAAAUUAAUUGACACAAAAGAAUUAAUGUAUGUAAUUUAUUUUAUUAUAAAUACAUUUUACUGAGGUCAGAAAACAGAAAAAAAAUUAUUUGACAAAAAAACAUUGAUUUUUGCUUAAACGAAAUGUUCAAACUGCUAAGAGGCAGGUGGGUGGCAGCUUUAACAUUGAAUUUAAGCGAAAAAUAAUACCUAUUUGUCAAAUAAACAUUUUUUUCCUGUUUUAUGACAACAGUAAAACGUGUUUUGAAUUAAAUAAAUAAAUUAAAACGUAUUACAAAUUAUUAAUUUGUUUGAACACCCUGAAUAAAUAAUUAUGUUAAUGUUUAUAUUAGUGAAUAGAGCAUUGAAUACCCUUUCAAAUGAGCUAUCACAUGACCCCUACUUUCAUUUAAAAAAAUCAUCGAUUACGUCAUCACACCCAGAUGGAUGACGUCACUAGUAUGAUAUAAAUGACAAAAAAUCGAAAUUUAAAAAUAAAAAUCGACCCGUUCAGGGAUUUUUCCUUAAAGUCACCGGUUUACGAAAUAAUGAAUUUAUGCGUUACUGUGUGGACGGUAUAUACAAUUUUUGCAAUAAAAUAUUGUACGAGUGUCUUAUUGAA